AUGCUUCAAAACUGCAUCGAUUCAGACAUGAAACAGGCUGGACAGGGCGACAAUGGAAGGGUGCUCCCUCGUCGCAGGUCAGGAGGUCUGGUCGAGGCGGCCGUAAAUCUCUAUAUGGAGAACCCAAACUCUGGUAGGGCGUCGGUGGAUGCUGGAGGCAGUGCAGGCGCAGCAGCCGGCAGCGCCAACGCUGCGGCAGGUGCUAGAGGUAGCGGCUCGGGACACAAACGAGCUGCGGGUCGCGAAGGCCGCACAACAGCACAACAUGGUCCCGAGGUUAUUGUCCUCGCUGAGAGCGACGGCGAGGGACAGGAGCCUCAAAGGGGAUGUAGGCGCAUCACGUUGGGUGGUGGGGCCCACAGCACCGGGCACAAUGGAAAUCCUAUGAUUGGCAUUAGAGCACCUGUUGUUGGAGCUUCCGCCGCGGCCGGUGGCAGUGCAGAAGUGGCCCGUGCAGCCGGUGGUUCAGGUGCCGCGCCUGGAGCUCGGAAUUCAAGCGUAGGCCCUACAACCUCGGCAGGCAACGGGGCUGGCCACGCGGUGGCGGGCGGCUCGCAGCCAGCACAGGGCAACCCUGUUGGAAAUGGCGGAGCAGCCCUGAACCCAAGGUCCUCGCAAAUCCGGCUUAUGCCUGUGCCCUCCAAGCCGAAGAUAUCUGCCGGCGGCAGCAAUGCCAGCGACAACCAAGGGACUCCGAACGGUUUGCCGCCACUGCCGCCAACGGCGACGGCGGCUCCAUCACAACAGCACCAGCAGCAGGAGGGGCCACAGCGGGUGUCGCGAGUUCCUGCACAAGCUGCAGGUGCAACUUUGACUGGCACGGUGUCUAUAGGCGCAGGAGGAUCGAAUGCGGCCGGGGCGGCUGCAGCAGGGGCAGGGCCAUCUGGUGCGGCAGCUGGCGCGCCUGCUGGUGGGUCGGCGGCUGCUGGGGCGGCCGGCACAGCGACGGCGGCUGGAGGGGCCGCGAUGGGCAGGGUGGAGGCAAGCAGGCAGGCCACCAGGCCCGACCCAAAUCAGCCGCUGCUUCUGGGCAACCUCAUUGCAGACGUGAAGCGGACGCAGGGGCCCUAUCCGGUAGCGCCCCUCCUGCCGCUGCCGGAGCAUAGGCGGCCAGAUGGGUCGCUCUUCCUAGCGGAUCAAGAUGCGGUACCAGACCGCUCGCCGCCAGUACAGCAGCUCAACUCGUUGAAGUGGCCCAUGCUUCUGGGCAAGGUGGUCACGCCGCUGGAGUUGGGCAUGUGCAAAACCGUUGAGGGCCGGGAGAGCGUGCUGAAUAUGGCCUUGGACUGGCUCAAGGAGGGGAAGUUGGUGUAUGGUUCAACCUCGUUGGGCCAAAGAUGUGACGAACACGCUGACUUGUUUUGGAAGCUGGAGUUCCCCCAUCCCAUCAUGGUGUCGCCUGGGCCAUGGCUGGAAAGGCCUCAGGAACAGCCUGACGGAUGGCGCCUGGCUCUGUUUGUCGACAAUAGAGACUUCUGGAGUGCUGCCAUGGCGAAGUUUCCGGGUUUAAGCCCCAACCGUGAAAUUCGGCUGGCCACCACCGUGGUGGGGUGCAACGUGCAGAGGCUGGUGAAUUUCUACCUGCUACGAAAAUACCCCCUUGAACUUAACAGGGCACAGAGCUCGUCUGUUAUCCCGGUUAACAUCAGGAUCCUAGGCCCUGGGCUGGACCCUGAAAAGGGUGUCAUGCUCCGGGUCGACGUGCCGGAGUCUGAUCUGGGUCGGGAGCUGGAGGGCACUGCCGCGCGCCCCGGGAUUGCCACCACGAAGGCGGCAGCUCAGGAGGGUUUCGGGUCCGCGCACGACGCGGAUUCCGACGGAAGCAGUGGCGACGGAGACGCUCGCGAAGGGCCCAGUGACAGCGACCAAGAGAGCGAUGUGGAAGACGGCGCCGCUGCUGCGGGUUCUAAGCGCAAGCGCCCCCUCCGCGGCUCCGGCGGCGGCAAUGGUGCUGAUGGGGCAGGUAUGGCGAGAGGCGCCAGCAGGAAGAAGGGGAGCCGCGGGUCCACGCGCGGCGCGGAGCCGAAGCGGCCGAGCAGGGCAGCCAAGGAGCGAGGCGCAGGGCGAGCGGCGGCGGCGGGUGAAGUUGAGGGUUCCAUGGACAGUCAGAGGCCUCGCAAACGUGUUCGGCGGCUGGCCGAAACGUCUGGGGCAGGCUGCCUGGGCGGUGCGCUCCCCGCGCCCGCGAUGAUAGUCGGUGCUGGGAGUAGCAUGGGAAUGGCUGGGGGCUCCGCGACAGGCGGACAGCAACCCAAUCGCAGCGGCGAGGCACCAGCGGCGAUGGCAGACGGCACCUUCCGGCUUUCACUAGAGUUCUACAUCACGGAGGAGACGCUGAAGGCCACAACGCCGCCUACCAACUGGAGCCCGGUGGACAUUCAACAUGGCAAAUGCACCGGCCGGGGCAACAAGUACAACCGCGAUGGCGCUGAGCACCUGGCCAACAUCAUCCAUGUGUUAUUGGAGCACGGCACCGGACUGUACGUUGGGCCCGACUGUGACGGGGUCAUCAACACCAUGGACGUGUUACAGCAGGCGGCGCAGAGAGCCUCGAAGGCGGGCGGCGCAGGUAGUGACCGCUGCAGUCUGAACCGCGGCGGGAGUGUUGACGGCAGUACGGCUGGGGCGGCUGGGGCCCCAGGUUCUGGAGCCAACGCCGCCAAGCACGUCAUCAACGAUGAGGGCAGCAACGGGCCGGCUGAUGAGCUCCGGGACCUUGACGCUCUAUUGGACAGCAUUCAGCCGCCUAACGACCUGCCGCAGGCGGCGGUGCCGCCGCCCGUGGUGGCCCGUCCCAAGCCCUUCCAGCUGCAGGGCCUGGAGUGGAUGAUGCGCCGGGAACAGCGGGGCGAUGCUUUGGGCCGGUCGCUGCUGCUUCUCCACCCCGCCUGGGCGCAGGUAGUCCUCGGCAGCACGGGCCUGGUGCUUCAAGUGCAUCGCCUGUCACCAUGGUUCAUAACUGCAGAUUUCUUCCCGGCGCCAGUCGGCGGAACCUGCGGCGGUUUCCUUUGUGACGAAAUGGGCCUGGGCAAGUCGGUACAGACCCUCAUGCUGAUCGUAUCCAAUCCGUCGCCGCCGGGCUGGGCCGCUAAGCCGGUGCCCCUCGCUUCAGGGAAUGGCAGCGGUGCCGGCAGCAGCAGGUGUAAUGCGGUGGUUCCCAUGACGGCUCUGGCAGACACGGGCGACAACGAGCCCAUCCCUAUUCCGACCACCUUGCUUGUAACGCCGUUAAACCUGCAGAGACAAUGGGUAGAGGAGAUUGAACGACAUCUACGGCCCGGAUCACUCAAAUGGGCAAUCUACCACGGCCGCGGGGACAGUCACCGCCCCCAUUCCCUGGAGUCCGACCCCCCCUUGGGUACCAGCGCUGAAUCUGGGGAGGAUGGGAAGCGGGCUGGCGCCCGCCCUUCGCGGAGGACGCGGCAACUGGCGGCGGCAACUGAUCCCGGCAAAACCCUUUCUGGGCGCUUGCUGCCGCCGGCCAUGGCGUACGACGGCAAUGGCAACAAGGUGCCCGUCCAUGGUUGCGAUGUCGUACUGGUGUCGUACGAGGUACUCCGCAAGGAACUGACGGCCGUGGGCGAUAAGACCAGUCAGUCACUGCCACGGUUGGGCUUUUGGCGGAUUGUACUGGACGAGGCACAGCUUGUGGCGAACAGCAACUGCGUCGCGGCCGAGGUGGCCAGCUCGCUGUACCGUCGCCACGCUUGGGUUGUGACAGGCACUCCCAUCAGCAGCUGCUUCAACGAGGUGAAGGGUCUGUGCCAAUUCCUGUCGUACGAACCCUUCUACCACAGCGUCCUUUGGCGAAAGCUCAUCGAGGAGCCCCUCACCCAGCGCGGCUUGGUGGGCCUUACGGCCAUCCGCGCUCUGCUUCGUGGAGUGAUGCUACGGCGCAGCAAGGCGGCAGUGGCGGACCAGUUGGCCCUGCCGCCGUGUGUGCGGGAGGACCUGACGGUGGAGCUGAGUGGCGUGGAGAGGGCAUUUUACGACGUGCUCAAGGCCCGCUUCAAUACCUCGUUGGCAGCGAUGAGGUCUGCGGGCUCAGCAGCCAACACGGCGUAUCAGCGCGCGUCGACACAGCUAGUGGAACUCCGGCAGUCUUGCUGCCACCCGCAGAUCGUACGGCGGGAGGCGCAGGCGGGUGGAGGACUCCGCGGCUCUGGUGGCGACGGUGCUGGGGCCGCCGGCAGCAAGGGCCAGGGGAGUAGGCGGAGCAUGCGGCAAAUCAUGUCCAAAAUGGUCACAGACGCGUACACCGCAUAUGACCAGGCCGUCGCGUACCUGUACGGCAGCAGGCUACAGCAAGCGGCUCUGGACGAUUGCAGGAGAGCUGGAGUUGUGACGGACGCCGGCAGCGCAGCCGGCACACAUACGUGUGCACCUGCCGACGGCGGCGGCGAGCGCACCGCGGGCUCCAGUGUCGGCGCUAUGGGUACCGGUGCCGCGGGGGGCCGCCGCAUCCGCAGCGGAUCGGCUCAUGCUGCCGUCGGUGCUGCCGGUCCGACAUCAUCGCCAUCGCUAUCGUCGCUGGAAGACCUGCUCGAGUCGAUUCGCAAGAUGACGAAGCUGGUUUCGGAGCCCGAUAUUCUGCAUCAGGCCAAAAUCCGCGAGCGUGACGGUGCGGUUAAGUGGGAGCGGGCGCACGAGACGGCCGCAUUCGGUGGCGUGCCAGGGGGUCUGGCGGCAGUGGCGCUGCCGCUAGCGACGGAGCAAGCCCGGGAGCGCAAGCGCCGCUGGAUGCGGUUGGAGCUGGACGGGCUUAUGCUAACCUGCUAUGUCGCCUGUCUGUUGGCGCCACGCGGCACACUGCAGCUGCUGGCAGCCCGGGCCAACGCGCGAUUCCUGGCAGAGGCGCAGCGAGCUGCGGAGGCGAAGGCCGAGAGUAUGACGGAUACGGUGAGUUACCGUCAGGCAUUGCUUAUGGAGGCGCAGACAAGUUACGAGGCGGCCAAGACAGAGGCAAAGGAGGCAGCUUCCACCGGGGCUGGAGAGAUGGAGGAGCAGGCGGCGCGGGGACUCGGCAGCGGAGCCUCCGCAGCCGCCGCUGGCGCCGACUUCCUGCUUUAUGACUCUGAUGACGAGGAGGACGGGUCGCAUGGGGGCGACAGUGACAGCGACGAGGGCGACAGACGCCGACGCCAGAGUGGCAAGCGGAGGUAUUCUGGCGGCUUUAGGGACAGGAACAAGUCGGCUCAAAAAAAACGUCGGAUUGCCGCGGUUGACGGUGGUGGAGGCGGUGACAUUAGAACGGUGGACCUGCUGCUCGCACGCGGCGGCACGAGGUAUCAGGAGGCCAUGUUCAGGUCCGAAGCCGCCGUCAGGGCAUUCCAAUCAGUCACCUUGAAGCGCUGGCUGGCCGCGGAGGGUUCUGGUAAGACUCCGGGCCCGGCGGCUGAUGACCCGCGGCACCUGCAGGUGGUGGGGGAGAAGUGGCACGACCUGCAGCACAUGAUCAACGAGUUGAGUCCUUCCAGGGAGGGGCAAGCGGAGCAGGGCAUGGCUGGGGAUUGUGGCAAAUCCGACGCGGCUGCCGUCGCGACUGAAGGUGGCAUCGCUGGUGAUGCCGUUGCCAACGCGGCGGCAGGCCCCUCCGGCGGCUAUGCCGGCGAGUGUCGCACCAUUACAAAAUGCGGUCACACAUUCUGCACGGACUGCAUACAUGACAUCGUGCAGGACACGGGCGCGGCGCCGUGCCCCAUCUGCCGGCGGCAACUCACGCGGGACGACCUCUUUGACAGUGUGCCCGAGGAGGAGGCGGAGGAGGACGAUGCCACGGAUCCGGGGCUUGGGAACGGCGAGUUCGGCGCAAAGGUUUCGGCGCUUCUGGAAGAGUUGGACCGCAUGGCCACGUCUGAUCCCUGCAGCAAGGCCCUGGUGUUCAGCAGCUGGGGCCGACUACUACGGCUUGUGCAGGAGGCGCUGCUGGCGAACAAUGUCCGGUGCGCCAGCAUGGUCGGAGGCAACCCCGCUGCGCGCCAGGCGGCGUUGCAGAGCUUCCUGCACGACCCCACAUGCCGCGUGCUGCUUCUGCUCAAGAGCCAUAGCGGCGGAGCGGCGGGUCUGUCCCUGACGGUGGCGCACACCGCCUUUAUGCUGGAGCCCGCCGUCAACCCGGGACUCGAGGCCCAGGCCGCCGCGCGCAUCUGCCGCCUAGGUCAGGACCGGCCAACGCGUGUCAUACGAAUCAUUGCCAAACAUACAGUGGAGGACAGGGUGCUGGCCAUGCAGCAGUACAAACAGCAGCUAGGGUUUGACUUGGCAGGGAGAGGGUCCGCGGCCGGGGGUGAAGCUGUCACGGAGUCCGUGGACGGCGGCAUGCUACUGCGCUUCUUUGACAAGCUGUAG